CUAGAUUUGAUUUUGCCUGGGAUCAAGAAAAGAAUUUUAAAAUAUUAGAACUAAAUACAGGAAAUGCUUCUGGUUGGAUGUAUACAAGUUUGAUCGAGAAAGAAGCAUCAGCUGACAAAAUUGGUGUUCCUCUUGCUCCCCCACCAAUGUUUUAUACGAAUUAUGUGUUAAAUAAGUUAGGAUCAAAAAUAGCAAUUAUAGUUAUAGUUUCAGUUUCAGAGUGUGAUUUAUUGGUAAGACAAAUUGAGAUCAUGGGUGGAGAAGCCAAAAUUUUCUAUCUUACUGAAGUUGGUUUCCAAGGUAUUAUUGAUUUUGCACCUACUGGAAUACUUUGGAGAUGCCAUUCAGGAUUGGUAGAUUAUUCCGAACUGAUAUUCAAGCUAUCCAACUUAAGAUUACCACAAUUACCUUCAUUUGAAAGUAUGUUUAUAUCCGGUGACAAAUCAUUUUUAGCCAUCCUAAAUGAUAGGGACAUAACUG